AUGUCGUGUCUACUGAGAUAUGGAAGAUCAGCUGCAGGCCGACUGGCAGGCCCACCACUAGAGCUCCUCCGACAAUGCCGGGAUUCAAGAUCUGGAUGUUUGACCGGAGACAAGCUGGAAACUGCUACGUGUAUCGCUAAAAGUUCCCACUUAGUUUCUAGAAAUCAAGACAUCCACGUUUUCAAACCGGUGUCCAACAGGGGCGAGGCUCAUCUGGAGCUGAACGCCUUCAGGAGGAAACACGACUGUGCGCUGGUCAUCUCAGGAGACUCUCUAGAGGUCUGUCUGCGCUACUACGAGCAUGAAUUUGUGGAGCUGGCGUGUCAGUGCCCUGUGGUUUGCUGUCGCUGCUCUCCCACGCAGAAAGCUCAGAUCGUUCGAUUGUUGCAGCAGCAUACAGACAACAGAACAUGUGCCAUAGGUGAUGGAGGAAAUGAUGUCAGUAUGAUCCAAGCAGCGGACUGCGGUAUCGGUAUUGAAGGGAAGGAGGGAAAGCAGGCAUCUCUGGCAGCAGAUUUCUCUAUAACCCAGUUCAAACACAUUGGUAGACUGCUGAUGGUACACGGCCGCAACAGCUACAAACGCUCAGCAGCUCUGGGCCAGUUUGUCAUGCACCGUGGCAUGAUCAUCUCCACCAUGCAGGCUGUGUUUUCCUCUAUUUUCUACUUUGCAUCUGUUCCUCUGUACCAAGGUUUCCUCAUGGUGGGUUACGCCACCAUCUACACCAUGUUCCCUGUCUUUUCUCUGGUGUUGGACCAGGAUGUGAAGCCUGAGAUGGCUCUGCUGUAUCCUGAACUCUAUAAAGACCUCACCAAGGGUCGCUCCCUGUCCUUUAAGACCUUCCUGAUCUGGGUUUUGAUAAGUAUAUAUCAAGGUAAAUGAACAGUGAUGUUU